AUGGCGGACCGACGACGGCAGCGCGCCUCGCAGGACACGGAGGACGAGGAGUCCGGAGCCUCGGGCUCGGAUAGCGCCGGCUCCCGGGAGAAGCCUGGUAGCAGGACAUCAGAGGUGCCUACAGAGAAAUUGAGUGACUUCUUGAAUAUUGUUGGCCUCAAGAUGGAGAAGAUUCAGAAAGAGUCUGUGGACAAACUCCUGUUCAGAUCAUUGAAGAGGACCCGUGACAUGUUUGUGGCUGAUGUUGCAAAGCCUGUACAAUCAGAUGAAGAGAGUCACAGGCUAAAGAAGGCUAAACGCAGAGCGUGUGGUCCUGUGUUGCACAUGCCAAUUUGGAAGGAAGAUCUUAGAGAGAAAGGCUCUCAGCAUGCAGAGGAUGGAGACGGGCACAAGGAGGAUCCUGCCAGUCAAGGACAAGAACCUGGAUAUUCAGGGGCUGCUAGACAUCAACAUCCACCAGGACCUGGGAUGGCUGUGACUGCAGGAGGUAGGAUUCCAAAAACGCUGAAUGUAUCUGCUCUUCAGUCUAAGCUAGGCUUAGCUCCAUCUCCUCCACAAUCCAGGUCAGAGGCAAACCCUACUUCAGCUAGCCUGGGUGGUAUUCACCAACAUGCUGGGCUUCCUGGACAUUCAGAGCUACCUGGGUUAGCUAUGGCUCUGAUGGAAGCUGGUGGCACCAAGAAUGCUGAAAUGAGGGCCAAAAGGGCACAUGUGGUGCCUAAACCACAGUGGCAUGCCCCAUGGAAACUCUCCCGAGUCAUCAGUGGACAUUUGGGCUGGGUCCGAUGCAUCGCUGUAGAGCCUGGGAAUCAGUGGUUUGUUACUGGUUCUGCUGACAGGACCAUAAAGAUCUGGGCCCUGGCUAGUGGCAAAUUAAAAGUGACCUUGACUGGACAUAUCAGCACCGUGCGAGGGGUGGCAGUAAGUGCAAGGAGUCCAUACCUCUUCUCCUGUGGAGAAGAUAAUCAGGUGAAGUGCUGGGAUCUCGAAUACAACAGAGUUAUCAGACAUUUUCAUGGACAUCUAAGUGCCGUGUAUGGGUUGGGUUUGCACCCAACAAUUGCCCUGCUUGUGACUGUCAGCAGGGAUUCCACCGCAAGGAUAUGGGAUGUGAGGACCAAAGCCAGCGUGCACACUUUGGCGGGGCACACAGGGGCGGUGGCUACAGUGAAGUGUCAAGCUGCAGAGCCACAGAUCACAACAGGAAGCCACGACUCGACCAUCAGAUUAUGAGACUUGGUGGCAGGAAAAACAAGGGUCACCCUGACCCAUCACAAAAGGUCAGUGAGAGCAGUGGUUUUGCAUCCCACUGAAUACACGUUUGCCUCUGGCUCUCCAGACAACAUAAAGCAGUGGAAAUUGCCUGAUGGAAACUUCAUUCAAAACCUUUCUGGUCAUAAAGCCAUAAUUAAUACUCUAGCUCUGAGUUCAAAGGGAGUCCUGGUGUCUGGAGCCGAUAAUGGCACUCUCUGUCUUUGGGACUGGAAAAGUGGACACAAUUUCCAGAGACUACAUUCAGCUGCGCAGCCUGGGUCUUUGGACUAUGAAUCAGGAAUAUCUGAAUGUGUCUUUGACCAAUCUGAAAGUCGAUUGCUAACUGCAGAAGCUGAUAAAACCAUUAAAGUAUACCAAGAAGAUGAUUCACUUGGUGACCAAGAAGCUCAUCCAGGCAGCUGGCAACCAAAAAUUAGGAAGAAGAAAAAAUUGUGA